CCUAACUCCCUGGGCAGCAGCUUCAUUGAACGCCUACCUUUCAUUUCAUCUCUGCAACAAUGGCGUUACCGGAUUGCACCGUUGGGUUUAUCGGCUGCGGGAAUAUGGGAGGGGCAAUAUUGAAGGGAAUCCUCAAUGCCCAAUCCGGACAAUCCAUCGAACAAUCAAAAAUAUCGCGCUUCAUCGCCUGCACAAAGACAGCGGCCUCCAGUGACCGACUGAAGGACUCUAUUUCCCCCGAGAACCAAGCCAAGGUGCACUUCACCCAUGCGCAAAGCCUCCGGGCGAUGCAGGAUGCAGAUGUCGUGAUUCUCGGAUUCAAGCCGUACAUGGCCGAAGACAUUCUCGGGCAAAAGGGUGUGCUGGAGGCGCUUCAGGGAAAGCUAGUCAUCAGUCUGCUGGCAGGACAGACUCCCAAGGCGCUCGCGGGGUAUAUCCAAGCCGGGGAAGAGCUAGAAGCAGAGUCCGGCCGGGAGCCUGUCAUCGUCAGAGUGAUUCCCAACAUGGGGGCGCAGUACCUGCAAUCGAUGACUGUCAUCGACACAGACAACAAGGCUCUCCCACCGCAUAUGGCGGAGAUCUUGGAGUAUAUUUUUGAGCAGGUCGGGGCGGUCAAGUACGUGGCUUCGGAUCUUUUUGACCUGGGCUCGAUGAUUGUGGGCGCAUCCAUGGCGCUCUUGACGGUCCCGAUUGAAGGUCUUCUGGACGGGUGUGUUGCCGAGGGAAUGAGACGCGCCGAUGCCAUGGAAAUUGUUCUGCAGGGUCUUCGCGGAUUAACAGCCGUUCUGGAGUCGGGGACUCAUCCUGCAGUUUUACGGGAGCAGAUUUCCUCGCCGAGAGGUUGCACCAUUCAGGCCCUGAUGACGCUGGAGAGGGAGGGGAGUAGGUCAGAUUUUGCGGAUGCCUUGGUCAACGGGACAAGGCAUCUUAAGAAGAGCGACAAGUAGCCAUCCAUCGCCAUAAACUUGAACGCGAAGACUUUGAUGAUGAAUACGGAGGAGAGUUAGGCGUAUAUGAACUCCGAAAAUUCCCAUGGGUGAAAUUCCUACAUGAGUACGUUUACAAGCUCUACUGAAUUCACGACAG